AUGAAAGACCAUUAUAUUAAUAUAUUAUUGUUUGCUCUUCCAUUAAAUAUAUUGGUAUAUAAUCAAAGGAACUAUUACAUUACACCACGUCAUACAGAAACCAACAGAUCUUUAUGUGAAUGUGAAUUAUAUUCACCGGCCAAUUAUGAUAAUGAUGCAGAAAUGAAAAGGGUGAUGCAACAAUUUGAGGAUCGUACAUCACAAAGAUUUCACGAAUAUGAUGAACGUAUGCAAAGUAAACGAAUGCAAUGUAAAGAACAGUGCGAUAAAGAAAUACAAAAAAUUAUAUUAAAAGAUAAAAUAGAAAAGGAAUUUAUGGAAAAAUUUUCCGUGUUAGAAACAGAUAUACAAAAGGAAGCGAUCCCAACAUGUGUGUGCGAGAAAUCUGUGGCGGAUAAAACAGAAAAGUUUUGUCUCAACUGUGGUAAAAAUAUGGGAGCGAUUGCACCGGGUUGGGGGUUGAUCUGUGGUGUAGGGUAUGUAGGAUGGACACAAUAUGCAGCUGCAACGGUUCUUCAAGAGACUAUUAAAAAAGGUGUUGAAGUAGGUUUAACAAAAAUCACGGAAAUAGCAGCACAAUUUUGGGGACUUGAAGCGUAUCAGAUACCUACAGUUGAUGCACUAACAAAACUAAUUGCAGGAAAGUUUACUGACGAGAUAACACUUCCUGGUAUAGUUAAAACCUUAAAUAGUGCUAUGGACGUGACAUUUGAUGAAGGUCCUUAUUCAGAGUUUGCUUUUUACAUACAGGGUGCAGCUACACGUCCUAUUUCUCUUAAUAGUUAUACUGUUGAAGUAGCAGCAGUUAAAAAUGCUGUUUCUGAUGCUAAAAAUCUUGCACUUACUAAUACAGGCAAUGUAACUACUACUUUAACAACUACAAUUAUUGCUUCCAUUGUGGCAAUAGUAGUUAUCAUUUUGGUUAUGGUAAUUAUUUAUUUGAUAUUACGUUAUAGACGAAAAAAAAAAAUGAAGAAAAAACUUCAAUACUUGAAAUUAUUAAAGGAAUAG